AUGCCUCGUCUUUCUCUGAUGCCUUUCCGUCCUCAAAAUACAGCCUUCAAGAGAGGCACUCUCUUAUGUGCUCGGUCAAGCCAAUAUAACAGGCUAUUUCCCCUGACAUCUAUCAAGAGAACCCAUACCGCACACGUUGGUCAAAAGUCCUCAUGGACUCAUCCUGUAUAUACAAAGGACCAAAUCGUUGCCGUCCGAGUCGCCCACCGCAAAGCAUCUACCUGGCAAGAUAGAGCAGCGCUCGGAACCGUUCGCCUCUUGCGCUGGGGCAUGGAUCUGAUCUCUGGAUAUCACUCUUCACCAAUACCCAGCACGACCAGCGCCAAACCCCACAUCAUGACCGAGGAGAAAUGGAUCACCAGAUUCGUAUUCCUCGAAAGCGUAGCGGGCGUUCCAGGAAUGGUAGCAGGGAUGCUCCGGCACCUCAAAAGCAUCCGCCGAAUGCGAAGAGAUAACGGGUGGAUAGAAACCCUCCUCGAAGAAGCGUACAACGAACGAAUGCACCUCCUAACCUUCCUCAAGCUCGCCGAGCCAGGCCCGGCAAUGCGAUUCAUGGUUCUCGGCGCGCAGUGCGUGUUCUUCAGUGGAUUCUCACUAGCCUACCUCAUCUCCCCGCAGAUCUGUCAUCGCUUUGUCGGGUAUUUAGAAGAGGAAGCCGUGAUCACAUACUCGAAGGCGAUCCGCGACCUUGAAAAUGGUCAUUUACCUGCAUGGGAGAGCUUACAGGCUCCCGACAUGGCGAUCAAAUACUGGCAGAUGCCGGAGGGCCAACGCUGUAUGCACUCGCUGCUGCUAUAUGUGCGUGCCGAUGAGGCGAAACAUCGGGAUGUCAAUCAUACGCUGGGGAACUUGGAUCAGAAUACGGAUCCGAACCCUUUUGCGGCGAGAGUGAGAGUUCAGGUUCAAUCUGUUGCUGGAUCGGCUGGAGAUCUGCACGCACAGAAGGAAACUUGA